CGUCUCCGUGACAACUGCACGCUCCGGGGUCCUAACGCGACAGGGCAAGUUUCAAACCAUCGGCGGGAGAAAAUAUUAAAGCGUCUUUCAUAGUUACUAUUUUAUUGUUAUGCUCGAGUCGUUUUAAUGAAAUGUAGAAUGUGUAUUGUCAAUUAUAUCUAUACAACCCGGGAAUAUCAUAAUAACAUCUGUGAGCGUUAUUUUACCAUCCCUUCCUGUAUUGUGUUUUGAUUUUCUACAACUUCAGUCCAACUGCAUCUGUCACGAACACUCAUUACAUGGUGACUAUUUUUGUUGAUGGAUAUUCAGCGCAUUUUCUUCGAAAUUUUGCAGUGUUUCAUCAGAAUGCAGACUUCUAAAUUUGUAGUCAAGUGUGGGAAUUUUGCCGUGCUAGUGGAUCUUCACAUACUGCCCUUAGGCGGUCAAGACAAUGCCAGCUGGUUCACUCCAGAGCACAGGAAGGAAGUUGUCUCUCUGAUUAGAGAUGCAUUGGAGCUGAGGGUGAGGCAAUUUCAAGAGGCCAGAUACCAGAAGAUCCAGCCCAAACUGAGGAAGGAUCUCACCCUGACCGCCCCGCUCUGCCUUGAAGGUGGGAAUGUAUGCUUGGCGGUGCACUUCAUGAAACGACACUUCAACCUGAGAUGCAUUAUCAGGCAGCAAUACAGAGAGUUGCGUGUGUUUCCUGAGCGUGCUGUAGUGUGUGCCAGUCCUCCAGAGAAUUCUGCUAUUCCCAGUGGAAGUCUGAACCUGGAUGUGUGUGAACCAAACCAUUCAAAGUAUUUUUCUGGCUCUGGCGAGAUGAUAGAUCCAUUACCCAGCUCCACAUCAACAAAAAGAGCCAUUCUUCAGAAGAUUGCCAGGCAGCCUAAAAUCCAACCCCAACAACGCCAAGAUGAUCAAGUGGACAAAGCUGAAAAGGGGUCUGCUGAAGCAUGUCAUCCUGUCCCCAUAUCGUCUAGAAGCUUUCUCACGAGUGAGUCAAUGGAGGAAGGGAAAGCAGUAUUGUCAUCUAAAUUAAGUAACAGUAAAGAGACCACCGAACCAAAUCUUGAUGCUACCGGCCUGAAGAGACGACCGCGGACCCAAAGUAGCUCAGGAGAAGACACUGUCCACCAAAAGACAAAAAGACCUCGUCUUGGAGAGCCUGCAGCAUCAAGCGAUUCCAAAAAUCCCUCUUCCGACGUUGCUGCUGCAGACUCUGUUUGCAGUCUCCAGCCUGAGAUUUCACAGACUAACCAAAGCGGGCUGGCCGCAAGUUUGAGAGGCCUAUCCGUCAAGCCUUUAUCCUCUGGCUCCUCUAUUAGUUCAAGAUCUGUUGCCAGAGAGGGAAAGAAGGGGGGUGAGCACAGAACAUCCCGAUUACGCCGACUCAAGAAGUCCUAAAGGGGCGUAGCGGCAUGGAACGAGAGCGGAUAUCUGACGCCACCACGAUGGAUGUUACAGUACACACUUCUACUGUAAUACUGUCUGUCAGCGGCAGUUGCACAAGCGUUCACCACACGCAGUAUCUGCACAUACAGUACUUCCCUUCUCCCUUUAAAGUAAAAAACACAAAACUGCUCAAAUGCUUGAAUUAGAUUACCAAGAAGCUUUCACAUUUUUGAAUCGACUCCACUAGCAACAACUUAAAAGGAACUCAAGCAGACAGUAACUUCACUCUAAACAAAAACACAAAUGCAGUUCGCGUUUUCAGUGUAAGAUUUGUAUUUCAGACUAGCGGGAGCCGUUGAGCACACUGUGGCUUCAAGCCCAAAUCUCUGGCUCCAUCCGUCUGAAAUCUCCACUCUUCCAGCUUCAGCUGAGCACAUGAUUGAUUUCGCUGUGUUCUCACAUACACCGCGCUCCUUAAGCGAUCAGGGUUUUUCACCGUUGGAGCCGACUGCCGUCUCCCUGUGGUUAUUAUUUGUAAAUGUGUUAUUGCUUUUCGUAACAGCUAUAUGUCUGGUGCAGGAUGACUGACAAUGUCAUGAAACGCUGAAGUGGCGCUCGCGUCUGAUAUUUGGCUAAUCACGGGUGCAGUCGACAUUGAUUUAGUGCGUGAUGGCAGGAUGAUUAUAUGUAUGGACAUAAAUUUGUUGAGUCACAUGCUUUAUUUUCCAGCUGUGCUUACAAAUCCCUCAAUGUUUAGGCAUUUUGUAUAAUAGAGAUGUGUCAACUUUAUCAGAAUAUACAACAUUGUGCAGUUAUAAUGCCAUAACAUGGCAGUCGGAAUACUUCUGGUUUAGACUAACAACAUGACUGUAUAUUCUGAUGCCAUGUCAUGAAUUUAAAUCAUUAAAGAUAGCAAACCAUUUGUUCUUAAUCAAACAAUGUUUGCAUUGAGACACUUGUGAGCUCAAUGUCCAAGGAAUACCUUAAAAACUGAAUGCAAUCUACUGUACUGCCUUAAAAUAUAACUAAUGUUUUACUAUUACUUAACCAUUAAUAAUAAAGGAAUUCUGAUUUUUUUGACACUAUCUGGUGGUCAAAAUGACAUACUGCAAUAUCGGAGAUCAACCUUUAGCAAAUUGAAGCUUAAAAUCGCGAGGUAACCAAAGUAGCAGCAGAUCUUUUCCAUAUUGUGACUAACACUCAAGUGUAACAGAUAAGUGAAAAAUUACAACGUAGGUUCGGGAAAAUUAAGUCUUUUUAUUGCUCGAGAUGGGUUGGGUUUUAUGUGGAUUAAAUGCUUGGAGAAAUCCAGCAUACAGUAUAUCACCAAGAAGAAAACUGAGUUAUGACAUUUUGAUUAAGGCCAGGAUAAUAACAUGCAUUUACAAAUUAGAAUUUUAAGUUCAUGUUAAUUUAAAAAGAACAAUUUUAACCAUUAAAGAAAUGUCAUCAACCCAUUCCAAACCCAUUCAGCUUCCUUUCUUCUGUGGAACAGCAAAAAUAAAUUCUGGAGGCUGUGCUGAGCAUUCAUUUUGAUGUAAUUACAGUGAAUGGAGAUGGAUGUUUUCAAGCCUUAGAAAUGACACAGAGCGCAAUAAAAUAAUCAUAAAAGUUACUUGUGCAUUGUAUCCAAAGUGUUCAGAAGUUAUAAAAGCCUUUGUGUGAGAAACAGACUGAAGUUUAAGUUGUUUUUCACCAGUGUUCCUCUGCUGUGACCAAAUUGAGUCAGCAAGUUUAUCUCGAGUCUGAUUCAUAAAUCAAUCAGACAGGUUUUAUGAACUGGAUGAUUGAAAAGAUGUGACUCACAAGAAUGAUUAGUUCACAAAUUGGACUCCAGCAAUUAUAAGAAAAUCUUGAGUGAAUGUGCACUUAAAUUUCUUCAGAAGACUUUGAAUAUAGGCAUGAGUUGUAUAAACCACUUUGAUGAUGUCUUUGUGUUCUUUUUGCACCUUGAAACCUCCAGUCCUCAUUCAAUAUGCAUGGAAAACAGCAACCUUACUAUCCAAAUGCCUUUUUUGUGUACCACAGAAAAAAUAAAAUAUAUGAACAAUAUAUAAAUGCUGAUAGAAUUUACAUGAUACAUGGCUGGAAAACCCCUUUUUUCUUCUCAUCACCAUAAGCUUUGCCUUUGCCCUGCAGUUAUUUUCCUGAAUACCUCAUUCAUCAUUUAGGGAGGGAAGUUCAGUCGCAGCGUCAGUCUUCACAUGGUACAGAGUACAUUCAGACCUGCACGGCUGUACCACGAACAGACAUUUAGACAGACCUUGUGCCUCACAUUACAUUACGUCAGCGUAAGAGAGGAUUCGGCUCCUCCCAAAGCAGCACACAAACAUUUAAUUUUCCUUUUAUACAAAAUGUUUAAUAAAUAUAACAUUCAAAAAAUAUUGCCAGGAACAAACUAAAAAACAAAUUUACAGUAAGGUCAAAUAUGAACACUGAAUAUUGCCAUGAGCUCAUAGAAUUUAAAGUAACACUUUAGAAGGUUCCAUUGGUUAAUGUUAGUUCAUGUUACUUUAGUUGACAUGAACUAAGCAAGAACAAUCAUUCUACAGCAUUUAUUAAUUUUAGUUAAUGAUAAUUUCAACAUUUACUAAUGCAUUAUUCGAAUCAAAAGUUGUGCUUGUUAACAUUAGUUAAUGCACUGUGAAUUAGCAUGAACUAUGAAUAACUAUUUUCAUUAACUAACAUUAACAAAGAUUAAUACAGUAAUAGAUGUUUUGUUCAUUGUUUGUUCAUGUUAUUAAUGCAUUAACUAACAUUAACUAAUGGAACCUUAUUCUAAAGUGUUACCUAAUUUACAAAUGUGAUAAGCUUGCCGGUUUGGUGUUUUAGAGAGCCUCAAAAUAAAAGAAUAACGAAAAGAACACUACAUGUGCACAGCAAUAGAAAUGGACUCCUGAAAGCAAGGCAGUCGUCUACAGUGUUUCUAUUGGCCCCCUACUGUUCAAGUAUUCACAGCCUAGCUUAUGACAUACUGCAAACCGAAGCGGAAGAGAAAUGAUAUAUGUGAAUCAGGUUUACCAACAAGCAACUAGAAGACUCGUGUUCCCUUUUAUUUGAGAUAUUUUUAAUGAUUUAUUUUUUUCCAUCCGUGGCAAGCAAUGUGUCUGCCACCAGGUAUCCAAACAAAAAGCAGUCAUGAGGUUGACAUUACUUGCACCGAGCAAGUAAGAGUUGGCAAAAUACAUACAAUAGAAGUUUCAAAUAUUGAAAUAUCUGACAAUAUAUAAAGAAAAAAAAUUCAGGCACACAAAUGCCCAUCUUGUUUUUUAGAAAAAAAAAAAAAAAAAAAAUAGACUGCUUUUUCUCUCUGAAAUUUU